AUGUCAAACCCGCCGUCCGAUCCCGAAGAUACCUUGCCUAACCCCCUGGUGACACCUGCCACGCCUGCCCAACAUGAUUGCUCGACAGCGACCGAGCAUGCUCGGCCCAAUCCACGUCACCACUCGUGGCAGGACCAAAACUUGCUCCAGGGGGCUCAACAGGCCUAUUCCCCAUCGCGCGCGGAAUCCCCCACCGUCCGUCAAUGGACUGAACCUGCAUCGACUUUCCCUGUAAAAAAGCCGCCAACGAACCCACCGGAAAAAUAUCCCCAACCUGAACCCUUUUAUAGUCCUCAAUUGUCUGAAAGGGAUAGUAUCUUUGCAACUCAUUACCUCCCCACUGAUAGCGGCGCAAAUACCCCACAAUUGCCCCCAAAGGCCUCGGAGAAUGAGAGCCAGGUAAAUUCUAUACCGGGUCUUGAUGAUGUGCACGGGUCUCCAAGCCCUAUCUCCAAGGUCUCUCCCCACAAUCCUCACGUCGGCCCUUCCCACAUGGAAGUUGACGUCCGCAGACAUAUUCCAUUGCGCUCCUCUUCUCUCCUUUCCCACUCCGAUGUUACUCGCUUCUCUCCUCUGCGCUCGUCUAUAUUCUCGUCAGAUCAGGUGAAAACUCGGGAAAAGGAGGUUGCCGUGCCCUUCCCGCUCGCUGCACCCCAGGGUGAUACAGGUACGAAUACAGGUGGCCCACAAGAUUUAUUGGCCGAACGCAGUUUGCUCCCCUCCGCGCUAGACAAUGUCUCCCAUUCCUCUAAGCCAUUGACCCCGGAGCAUGGUUGGCCGACGCUAAGCAGAGAAGGUGUCUCUUACAGCUCAUUUGCAGAAUCAUCUCGAGCCAUUGCUUUAGAACGGAGCUCCAGUCCGGGUCGACGGGGACGAGUGGAUAAUACAAUUGAGGCGAAUCUUGCGAAUGCGGAGCCAGCAUCAAACGUGCGAAGUCGUAAGUCUAGUCAUUACCUAGGCUUGUUCAAAGAAAACACCACUUCUCCUGAUCGUAAAAGAUGGGAGGACCGUCCACAAGAUGAAGCCACGGAUUCGUGGGAUCAUGCCGUGGACUACGAAACCGAAGUAUCAAAUUUCCCUCCAGCGGAAGAUGGAUUGAUUCGUAAGAGCAUCUCUCUUCCCUCGCUUGGUGAUGGAUCAUCAUUCGUGCCUCAGCCUUUGCCUGAACCAAAGCGCCAGCCCGAGGAGGAAGAGCCUUUCAAGCGUCGCCCAAAAGCAUUACCACGGCAACUUCUCGAAGAAAUUCGCAACUUCCAUCUCACUCCCGGCGGUGGCCAAGGUUCAUCCUUCUCCAAGAGCAUCCCAGCGCAAUACUCAGAACGCGGUCGUGAUUAUUUUCAGAAAGAGCCUCACGUUGAACGUUUUGGCGAAUCGCUGAGCUCUGUGGAACAAGAUGAGCGACGAGACUCGACGCAGUUUGAAGAUGAGGAAAACGAGCAAAUUAAAUCUGCCGUAUAUUUCCCUCACGAGCGUGUUGCGCUCGAAGAUCGAGACGAUGAGUCAAGGUCUAUAACGGGAGAGCCACAUGGCGUGCAGCCAGUCCAGUUGUCCGCGGAGAAGGGUCAUGAAUUGAUGUUGAUACCCCAAGAACGUAGUCCCACCGACGAGCAAGAACUUGGUCAUGUGGAUAUAUCCUUGCGAUCUAAAAAUGAAAAUCAGAUUCUUCACGGCGAUUUGCAAAAUCUCAGAUCUCCUCUAGCGGGCGCAUCAGAGAAACCUCUAGGUCCUAUUUCCGAGCUCAGUUAUGACUCCACAUGUGAAUCUGAAGCAGUCUCUGCAGAUGAGAGUGUGCAAUCCAUUCCUGAUGAUUCCAGUUUAACGGACGAGGCGGAUGUUACGCCAACUGCUACUCCAAUUCAGCGACCAGGCUUGCCAGCUCGUCGCAAGACUACCAAGCCUCUUGGUGCUGUUGAGUUGAAGCCUUACAGGCAUCAGGUCGGCGGCCACACGACUGUAUUUCGGUUCUCUCGACGUGCAGUUUGUAAACAACUCAACAACCGUGAAAAUGAGUUUUACGAACGUAUCGAAAGAAGACACCCUGACAUGCUUAUGUUUCUACCCAGAUACAUUGGUGUAUUGAAUGUAACCUUUUCCAAAACUCCGAAGCGACCCAGAGGCAAUACUGAGAAUGGCAACGGCGCGACUUCUGAAGAAAAUAAACUUAAUGGUGAUUCAGGAUUGGACCCCAAGACGGUCGAGGCACCAGAGCCGCAACGAAUCGUUAGCCAGUCACAAGUCACCGGCGUGAUUCCCAAGGUUAUACUCGAGAACAAUCGACACAUAAUCCCGGCCGAUCUUUUUUCUCGCCAAAGAUCCCGGAUAAUAGACGAAUCGAUGAUAGGCAGGCCGCGUUCUGCCGAUGGACUUGGGGAUACGAGCGUGCAUUCCAAAGCGUCUUUGAGCAAGCAAACCAAAAUAUGGGGCGCCACAACUGUCAACAGAAAGCUCCAGGAGCAGGUCCUCCGGGAAGUUUUUAGUCCCCCUGCAAUUCAUCAUCAUCGCCGCCAUCCUCGCGGCCAUUUGCAUUUGCCCAGAGCUAGCUCGGACAUUCCUCGCCAACGUGGAAACCUUUCGGAGGAUCACACCUCUGCUGUACGCCCUUCUGGACUAGACAAAGUUGAAACUCUGAGGUCCCCUGCACUGGAGAUUGCGCGGUCCAACCCUGAGCCAUCUACACUCUCCUCAUCUGCAUCAACGGCCCUUGACGAAAAUCGUGACCGUAUAGAGAAGAUUAAGACUGAGGAGCUGCCCAAUCGUGCGAAUUCCCUCAACCGCGGCCAACAUGGACAGCAUGGUCGAAGGAGACAUUCGGGUGGAGGCUUGGUACGUAAGGCAAGCAUGACCUCCGAGAAGAAAGGGGAGCUCAUGUUCUUCGAGGACGAAGGAUACGGCGGAGAUGGAGAAGAUGAAAUAUUCACCAUGGAAGGUGAUAUGCCCGCAUCUACCAAGUCCGUCCCAGUACACUCUACCCACUCUCUUCCUAGCAGUUCUGCCAUACUUGACACCCGAGCCGAAGACUCUGUUGCAUCUCAUAGCCUCUCCCUCGCCUCUUCCCAACUUAAGCCAGAGGAUACAGCAGUGGCCCAACUACCAAGUAACCCCAAAGAGGCGCAAUUAAGAAAAGACGAGCGAGUCCAGUUCUUUCUGCUCCUUGAAGAUCUCACAGCUGGCAUGAAUAAACCCUGCGUGCUAGAUCUCAAAAUGGGAACUCGACAAUACGGUAUCGAGGCAAAUGAAAAGAAAAAGAAAUCGCAACGACGCAAGUGCCAAUCAACAACCUCACAACAACUCGGAGUUCGUUUGUGUGGGAUGCAAGCAUGGAAUGUCAAAAAGCAGGAGUACAUCUUUGAAGAUAAAUAUUUCGGACGCGAUCUACAAUCCGGUCGUGAAUUCCAAGAUGCUCUCACUCGUUUCCUUUAUGACGGUGUCAGCUAUACGAGUGUGGCCAAGAAAAUACCUGUCAUCCUGGAAAAGCUGUCUCUGUUAGAAAACAUGAUCCGAAACCUGGAUCGAUAUCGGCUCUACGCUAGCAGCUUGUUGAUCUUAUAUGAUGGGGAGUCCACCCCACAAACACCGGGACCAGAUACACCUGCGCCUCACUCUCAAGCCCAUGACGAGGGUCACAACAAUACAAAUGUGAAACUGAAAAUUGUCGACUUUGCCAAUUGUGUCACCGGAGAGGACGAAUUGGCACCGGAUACACCAUGCCCUCCUCACUAUCCUAACGAUAUUGAUCGUGGUUACCUUCGAGGUCUUCGCACAUUGCGCAUGUACUUCCAGCGUAUCAUGAAAGAAGUUACACAUGAUGAAUUUAUCGAACGCGGCGAGGGCGAAGGCAUAGCUUUAGGCUCCCAACCCGCUGUUCGAGAAACCCCUUCCGAUCAAUAUUGGUAUGAGAAUGUGAUGGAGAGUGAUGAGGGCGACGUCAGCUUCUGA